UCGGCCGCUUCGCGUGAUUCAUCCGACUCUCCCAACGACGCCGUGGAGAAAAAUUCAUUUUUGGGUUAGAGUGUCGCGGAUCUCGUACAUGAUGCGUGGGCUUUAAUUGCUCCGAUGCUCGUGUCCCCGUCUGUUCUCGAGGGACUUAUAUGCUUCGCGGGUAACGACGUGGACGGUAUUCGUCAACGCCGUAAUAAUCGCUAUAAUAAUGAGUAUCGAAGUUAAUUUCUUGAACUGAUGCUUCUUUGAGGAAUCGCAUGAUGUUUUCUGCCAUUAAGAGAUUAGCCGGCAAAUCCGAUGGGGUCAGCAAUGCGUCCCCAAGACCGGCCCAUCAAUCCAUGCCGACGAAUCUUCAGAGGAAGUUUGCCAAAGGUGUGCAAUAUAAUAUGAAAAUAAUAAUAAAGGGAGACAGGAAUGUAGGAAAGACAUGUUUAUUCUAUAGACUGCAGGGGCAAAAGUUUAUCGAAGAGUAUGUACCCACGGAAGAGAUACAGGUGGCGAGUAUACAGUGGAAUUACAAAGCCACCGACGACGUGGUCAAAGUGGAGGUAUGGGAUGUCGUAGAUCGCGGUAGACGCCGGCGGAAGUUGGAGGGUCUGAAAAUGGACAAUGCUCCGGCGAGCGCGGAGAACGCGAUCGAGGAGCCUGCCCUGGACGCCGAGUUUCUCGACGUUUACAAGGGCACCAACGGCGUCAUCAUCGUGAUGGACAUCACGAAGAACUGGACGUUCGACUACGUCCAGCGUGAGCUGCCGAAGAUACCCGGUCACAUACCUGUCAUUGUCCUCGGCAACCACUGCGACAUGUCGCAUCACAGAACCAUCACCGCGGAUCACGUGACGUACUUCAUCGAUUCGCUGCACGAGAGAGUAGCACAAGUGAGGUACGCGGAGUCGUCGAUGCGAAACGGCUUCGGCCUAAAAUUGCUACACAAGUUUUUUAAUCUACCGUUUCUGCAACUGCAACGCGAGACACUGCUGAAGCAGCUGGAAACCAACGAGGAGGAGACGCGUUUGACUAUCCAGGAGCUCGACCUCUUCCAGGACAGUGACGACGCUGAUUACAACAAAUUUCUCGACAAUCUCGUGAACCGUAGAAGAGCCCUCGCCGACUCGGUAUCCGCCAGUAAUCUAGUCUCAAAUGUUCCGUCGUCCAUGAGUAACUAUCACCUUGCACCUUCCAACGCGAAUGCCGUCGGAGAGGUCAAAAGGUCGGCCUCGAUGCCCGGUCCGAUUGGUGGCGGAACUCCAAUACCGGUGAAAAAUUUGGAUAUGAAAUCGAUACAGAGGAAAGAGAGCUCUACGGCGAGUAGUACAUUGGAUAAUGCAUCUAAUUCGAAAACGUCACAGAUUACGACAUCAUCUAUUUCGCAAAAUUCCGCCGCUAAGAUAGAAGUGGCGAAACCGGUUGAAUCCGCGAAUAACACUGGUGAGAAAAGAGACUCGCUCAAUCGGCCAUCGUCGCUCAUGUCCAAAAUCUUCGGUCACAAGAAGGAAGACGAGACGGACGGGAAACUGCCAAAUAUAAAAAAUGUUAAUUCAAGCGUACCGUUGACCAGUGUUGAAGAUUUCAUACCGGACGGAAUGCUGGACAAAUCGUUUUUGGAAGGCUGCAGCGUGAGCUCCAAUUCCCUCACCCCGGAGCCGGAUCUUGCACCAACUCAAGAAGAGGCAGAAUCCGAGAGUGACAUGGAGACUGGUAAUCCUUUGGUGGCCGGUUACGAGGAUGACUUGUCGUCCAUUGAAGAAGUAGUUUCUCCUGUACAGCCAAAAUUGGCGGAGAAUCCGCUGUCCAAGAAACACAAAUUAGAGCCAUUAUCAGGUCCAGAGAUAAAUAUCGAGAAGCCAAAACAAGACUCGAAGCGCGAUUCCGUUUCCUCUAUAGAGCAAGAAUUGCGUAUCUCCAAUGAAUACGAAUCGAACGAGCAACCAGACAUAAGCUCGGACGCUUUUGACAGCUGGUUGCGACGAGAUUCUAAGUGGCGGCAAAGUCCUGAAGGAGGCGAAGACGUGAGUAGCACUAGCACGAGGAAAGAUAGACUGGAAUUGAGCGAUAAAAGUCUGGACGUUAGCGUAACGAGUUCCAAUGUUCACCUGGAGCUGCUUGAUGACACCAGUACGCGCCACGUGAGCUCCAAUGCCAGUAGUCCGGUGAUGAAGGAGAAAAAGAAACACAAAGACAAGGGGGACGAGAAGGAGAAGAGGAAAAAGAAGAAGUCAAAAGACAAGGAUAAAGAUAAGGAGAAAACGGAGAAGACCGAGAAAAAGAAGAAACGCUCGUCGCAUCGGUCGAAGGACGAGAAUCGAGAACGAGACGAGCUCGAGGAAUUUUUGAACGGCUCGGUCACGAGAAUCGGCGUCGAUGUGGCCUACGAGGCGAUUUAGCAUUCCGGAAGUAUAUUCAGUAACAAUUUUCAAAAGCGCCACCAGCAUCUUCCAAAAAAAAAGACUUCGCUCUCUUCGAUGUAAUGUACGCUACGCCCCCGAAAGCGGAGAAAUAGGAUUAUUUUUCGCGAGAAAGAAAUGUGUUUUGAAUUGCGCUGUUAAUCCGCGAAAGGAUAUACUCAUAUUUUUUUCCACAAACAGGUCGGCACGUCCAUUUUUGGGUUGCUUUGACCCAAGCAUUUCAGCCGGGCUUGGCAUCUCGGUCUACCGCGAUUUUAUUAUUGUGAAAAUUGUGAUUUUACAAGGGAAUACGUUACAGCGAACGAGCCUGCACUUAUUUAUAUUGCAUUUCUGCCCUUGGAUGUCUGACAAUUUUUAAUUUACAUUUGAAAUAUCAUACACGGCGACGAAAGUUCGUGCGAAUGGACUAUACACGAAUAUCUUUUUACCCCGUGAUAUGACGACUAUUGUGACAUUGUAACGACAUACUUACGAGAUAAUUUAUUAUUUUUAAUAUUUUUAAUAUUUUGUGUUCACUCUUUUAUACAUUAAGAUUUAUAUAUGUAUAUUUACCGUUGGUAUCAUUUAUAAAUUUUCUCUUUAGCUUAACACAUGCCCUGUCCUUGUUGAAUAUAAUUCUUUUAAAGAAGUUAUCCUAUAUAUAAAAAAAUGUUACGUUAUUGUUGUAUUUUUCAUAACGGUGUAUAGCAUUGCAGUACAACCAUUAUAGCUUCAUGUUAAUAAAUGUAUAUAAAACAAA